UUAAAGGGCUGUAGGAGUUUAAAACCGAACGUGUGCGCCCGUCUCUGUGACUGACUGCCUGUACUGACCUCUCACAGUACUCUUCAGGAUGAACACAGUCCUCUCCUGCCAGGACCAGCCCUUUGUAGGAGACCACAGCUAUGAGUGUUCUUCCUCGCUCUCGACGUCAGCCUCUGUUGACAUUUCCAUGGAAACCUGGUACUCCCAAUGGCCGGGCUGUAUCCUGGACAACAGCGCAGGCAGCCAGCGAGAAGCUCCGCCGCGAGAAUACUUCUCUAUCUUUGACACCUCUGCCCAGGAUGAUCUCAGAUGGACAGCCCAUUUAUCAUCUCAGCUCCAUAAAAACAAACAGCUCCAGGAGACACUUGAACAAAAGGAGGAAGAACUGGCCCGGCUCCACGAAGAAAACAGCAAGUUGAGGGAAUACCUGAACUCCACUUAUGUGAAAUCCCUGGAAGACAAGGCGAGGAAAUUGUUGACGCAAAAUGGGCAGAAGAAAAGAGGGAUCUUUAAAGUUAAGAAGCGUUUGUUUGAGGAACAGGAGGAAGCUGACAUUUACUCGACAGGCCCCACCUACUUCUCCAAGAGGGGACGGAGAGACUCGGCUCUUACAGACCGAAGUAGCUCGUUCUCUGGCCAAGAGGAGCACUGUGUUCCUUGUGUCGACACUUGGGUAUUGAAGACUUUGGGAUUAAAAGAUGCCAACACCAUUGACGAGAGUUCCACAGCUAACUACAGUGCCAUUGUCAGCGAGGUGUGCCCCGAUUACAGAAGGGAGGCUGACUACUGCGCGGACGUCACCACUCAGGGUCAAGGCACUGCCGCCUCGAUGGAUGUUCACAGCCCUCCUUGCCAGCUGGAGUCUUGCUGCAGCGGUGGGCUGGUCUCCGCCUCACCCUACCCCUUACCGCCUCCGUCCGGGGUGCCGCCUUACCCCAAUAAAACCUGCGUGGCCUUCUCCACCUCCCUUAGCCCCCACCGCAACGUCAAAACGCAUAGCUUCUGCCAAGGCCAGGCCUUUGUGCAGAGGGACGGGGGAGGAGGCUGGAGGUUUACCUGGGUGCCCAGCCAGAGGGACUGAACAUUGAGCUCACACUCUACACGGUGUACCCGCGGGACAAUGCCCCCUGACUUCACAAACCAGUUCACCUCGAAGCAGACUCCAGGAAUUUGCAUGGAUAACUGAAACUGCAGCUUCCUUUGGUCUCAAACCUGAAGUAUUGACUCCUGAUGAAGGGCCUGGCCCAUAACGCCAACUCUUUUAUUCUUCUCCAUGGACGCUGCCUGACCUACUGAUUUCCUCUAGUGUUUCGUGUUUGUUGAUGUUGACUGCAAAAUUAAGAUAGUGUGUUGUUUGCCCCACGUUAGUUGGAGAUAUCCUGCACCCCAUGUCCCUCAGGAAGUAGCUCAAAUGCCACGAAGCAGCUGAAGCAUUUGGCUGCUCCCUGUGAUCCUUUUGGCUGACUUUUCUUGUUCAUAACCAGGCCCGUGGUAGUGACAGGAUCCCACAGCUUCACUCUCGGUCGUGCCUUGGAGAAUUAGCUGGCAGUGGGGCAGUGUAAACAUCUGAAGUGGCAAGACGUGACCACUCCUGUCUUUCUCUCCCGUCCAGUGAGAGCGAGUUACUCCACGGAGCGACUGAGGUGGAGCACCGCAGGCUCUCUUGCGGCCUUUGCAGAGCGCAGCUCGAGUGAAGCAGCUGACUUGUGCAGAGUGACCGUCUGGGACGAACCUCCCACCCAGGUUCUCUCUGGGAAGAAGAGGUCAACCAACAGUGAGGAAAAGGUGGCACUGUCUCACCCUGACCAUAAUUACCAAGAGUAUACCACGACCCGCAGAUCUAUAAUCUGCAGCAGAUGCAACCUGAUAUUAAAUGGUGACCGGAUUCUCUUAAAAAUUGACCUGGGUCCCAAUAGUGCGGGUUAUUUACAUGUGCAGUACAGUGGAUUGCUGUGACUGGCGACUAUGUGUUGGGACGGUUUACUCUGAAUUUGAGGGGCAGCACAGAGACACAGCCCGGUGGAACUGGGUUUGAACCUGAACCUUUCCUUAUGCAUGACCGUGUGGUGUUUAUACCAUCCCUCGGUGAAUGCGCAGGGCUUCCCUCCUCACGGUUCUCCAAUCUCCUUCCACUUGCCCAAGAUACGCAGACUGCUAGGUUAAUAACCAAUUGGAAAUCGCCCCUAGCAAGUGGAAUCUGUGGGGAACUGGACAGUAAUAACUUGGAGGCCGCUGUGCCCAAUUGCUCCCGUGCGACCAAUUACCCUACCAACCUGUAAGGUGUGGAUCGAGGGAAGAAACCUGUGCCCUCACCGGGAGAAUUGUUACAAACAGUAGUGGGAAUUCAUCCUGGGUCGAUUACUCUAGCCACAGCUCCACUGCUUUUGAGUAGGAUUGGGGAGUCCUAUUCCCCUUAAACCUAUCUCUUUCCUACCCUGAAUAUUCCCAUGUCAGCAAGUUCUACAUUCACGCUACUCUGGCUAAAGAUGUUUCUCCUGAAUUUCUAUAAAAUUUAGUGCAAAUGGCCCAAUGUUGACAGUCCCUACUUGUGGCCGCUGGCUUUGGUGGAAAUGUGCAUUCUCUCUAAGUCUGCUCCAUCCAGGAUCAAAAUCCCACCUUGUUUGAAGGAGUUUACGUUAUCUUUUAGACACUUCCUUUCUAUAGAAAAGUGCCCCAGCUUGAUCAGACGUUUCUGAACACUGAUUUCUGGGUCAUCCUCGUGAGAUUUUUCUGCAUCUUCUCUAAAAAUAUCUGCAACCUUUCAUCUCUGGAUAUUCAUGAGUUCAUUCAGAAGAGCACAAGUUAAGAUAUAGAGGCAGAAUUAGGCCAUUCAGCCCAUUGAGCCUGCUCCACUAUUCAACUAUGACAAUUCUCCCGCCAUCUUCCUGUAACCCUUAACCCAUGCUUACCAACCACAAAUCCAUCAACCUCUGCCUUAAAUACAUCCUAUGUAUUUAAUUUAAUUAAUAUCCUAAAAUACAAUCUAACGCCUUGGUUUUCACUGCCCUUCCUGACAACAAAUUCCACAAAAUUCACCAUCCUCUGGUUAAAGAAAUCAGUCUUUAUCUCUGUGCUUAAGGGACACGCCUUUGUUCUGAGGCUGUGCCCUCAGAUCCGUGACUCUCCCACCAUAGAAAACAUUCUCCAUGUCCUCUCAAUCCAGGCCUUUCAGUAUUUGGCCGGUUUCUGUGAAGUCCAUCCCACACCCAUCCUUUUAAACCCCAUUGAGUGCAGGCCCAGAGACACUAAGCAUUCCUCCUAUGUUAACCCUUUCAUUCUGGGAAUCAUUCUCGUGUACCUCCUCUGGACCCUCUCCAGGGCCAGCACGCCUUCCCUUAACAAAUAUGGGGUUCAUAUUUGUUCACAGAAUUGCAAAUGCUGUCUGACCAAGGGCUUAUACCUCUCAGCGGUGCACACUCGCUUUGAAAUGAAUGAAUUUGCCUUCCUCACUACCGACUCAACCUGCAAAUUAAUAUUACAGAAAUCUUGAACUAAGACUCCCAAGUCCCUUUGAAGCUCCUGUUAAUGAUUUUUCUCCCCUUUUAGAAAAUAGACUACACAUUUAUUCUUCCUACCAAACUACGGUCAGUGGCCACUUUAUUAGGUACACCUCGUUAAUGCAAAUAUCUAAUCAGCUAAUUGUGUGGCAGCAAUCAAAACAUAAACUUGUGCAGACAUGGUCAAGAGGUUCAGUUGUUGUUCAGACCAAACAUUAGAAUAGGGAAGAAAUGUGAUCUAGCUGACUUUGACAAUGGAAUGAUUGUUGGUGCCAGAUGGGGUGGUUUGAGUAUCUCAGAAACUGCUGAUCCCCUGGGAUUUUCUUGCACAACAGUAUUCAGAGUUUGAAAAACUAAAGAAAAUGAUUUUUAAAAAAAUCCAGCGAGUAGCAGUUCAGAGAAGAAUGGUUCAAGUAGAGAAGGUACUAAUAAGGUGGCCACUAACUGCAGUAUUCCAUCUGCCACUUCUUUGUCCACUCUCCUAACAUGUCCAAGUCCUUUUGCAGACUCCCUGUCUCCAAGAUGCUCUUGGUUCUCCCACCUACCUUGUCCCCCUGUCCACCAUGCCACUGCUCCUUCAUCCAUUUAAUUAUUCUUUGUCCAUAACUCUCUUAAAAUGCAUUACUUCCCAGGAUGUGGACACUAGUGGUGAUGCCAGAAUUUGUCCAACCAUUGUUAGUAUAAUGUCUGCAGGAAGAAACCUUUUCUGGUAUUGUGUGAUUCCGGGUCCCAUAAUUGCGUUAGGAGUCUUCAUUCUUGUUUUUAUUACCUCUCUGAAUGGUGCAUUCACUGGGUAAUUGUGUGUAAUUAAAUUCUAACACUAAUCCUUCUUAAAAAGAUUAACAAAGAAUGUUUCAAAGGUUUCCUGAAGACCAAUGUUCAGUGUAUAAAUAGAACGUGGAACAGCACAGGAGCAGGCCAUUCGGCCCACAGUGAUGAUGCCAACUUGGAUUAAUCCCUCCUGACUGCACAUAGCCUCAUCUCCCAUCCUUCCCUGCCUAAACCCCUCUGGAAUGCCACUGUGGCACCUGCUUCCACACCAACACUGGCAAUAAGUUCCACUUUUAAAACAAAAUGUGUCUUGCACAUUCCCCCUCCUCUCACCUUUAAUUCGUGCCUUCUAGUAUCAGUUCUUUUGAUUCUGAACAAAGACCGUCUACCCUACCUGUGUCUCUCACAAUUUUAUAGACUAAUGAAUGGCAGUGGAGAGGAAAUCAUUUGACAGCAGGGUUGUGUGAGUGUAUUAUUCUGAUUAGAGAUACAGUACAGUAUCUUCUGGCCCAACGAGCCCGCACUGCCUAAUCACACCCAUGUGACCAAUUCACCUAAAUCUUUGGAAUGUGGGAGGAAACUUUAAUGAAAUUUUCAUUAAUUAAUGGGUGUUGUAAGUGAGAGAAGAAAUGAUAUUUCUUGAUGUUUAGCGUUGAAGUAUGAAGUUGAAGUAUGUCCUCGUAAAUAUUGAUUUUAACUAAUUAAUUUUACUAAUGGUUAAGGCUACUUUGUAAGGUCAUAUCUCUGGAGUUGGGGCUGGACAUACCAGUGUUGUUAAGGAUCCUACUUGGGUACACUGCCAAAGCUGAUCAUUUCCGUAUUCAGGGGAUGGUUCUCAUCACAGUGUUGGUGAGAACUCCAUUAAUGUUUGCUAAGUGCCAUCGAUGCCAGAGGAUUUUCUGAGUCAAAUGUCUGCACUACUGCCUGAAUGUCCCCGAGCACCUGUGGAGCCAGCUCAGUACUCUACGGUGCAGUUAUUUGUGGUCAGGAAGCCAUUCGGAGUGCAGUCAGAUACCACGGGAGAGAUCUUCCUUGCUCUUUGCCUCUGUAAAUUUCCUGUCCUCUUGUUAAGGGCCCUCCCUAUACCCAGCCUGUCUGUGUUCAUGUCUGGACUGGGGCUCGAACUCCCAGCUUUUGCCGAGAGUGACAAGAACGCUGUUCAUUGAGCUAGAGGCAUCACUUACCAGCUGGAUUCCUGCUGGAGCCAACAAGCUAUUGAGAGCUGGUGAGGAGCAUCGGUGAAUAGUCUCCACAUCCUGACUCACCCUGACUGGUUCCUCCUCCUUGAUGCACACAUGUGAUGAGACAUUUUCCCCACCCUCCCCAUCUCCGGAAUUCCCCCCACCAAUAUCCAGCUCUAGGAGGAGUGGAGAUGGCCCACCACUCCUCCUUGGAGGCAUUUCACUCUCUCCUGAUCACCAGUCCCACCAACCUAACACGGGCAGAUCACAGCCACAGAGACUAAAAGCUGUAGAAAUCCUAACCAAGAAACUAACAAUUGUAUAUAAUUGUGUAUUUUGUACAGUUUUUAACACUUUGGUGAGAAUUAACAGUGUUUUUUUUAACAGAUUGUGCCAAUGUUUUUGACAAUUUAACCGUAGUUGGAUAUAAUUUUUUUUGUACAUUGCCGUUCAAUUUUGUUCUGUCCGAAACCUAAAGGAAAUUAAAAAGACUA